ACCUACAGCCAAUGUGCUGGAGACGGCAGCGUACGCGGUGGACACUCGCGGUACAGAGGGAUCACAAGGGAUCAGCAGCUCCCAAUCAGUGAAAGCAGUUUCAAACCCGGAAGUGGCAGGAGUUAAAAUGGCUUCUAAACAGCAGGUCGAGAGUUUAACAGAGGAGACACUUUGUCCCAUCUGCCUGGAUUUCUUCACCGACCCGGUUAUCCUGGAGUGUGGGCACAACUUCUGCCGCUCCUGUAUCACACAGAGUUGGGACAGGGAGGAGAGAAACUCCUGCCCGGAAUGUAGAGACGAGUUUACAGACCGCACCCUCAGGGUUAAUCGGGCCUUGGCGAGACUGUCUGAGAAAGCUCGAACACUGAGCCUGAAUACGGAAGUGGAGGAAAGUAAACAUCACUGCGACAAACAUCAGGAAGAACUGAAGCUGUUUUGUGAAACGGACAAGAAACUGAUCUGUGUGAUUUGUGCAGCUGGGCGGGAACACAAGUCUCACAGCUUCAUGCCGGUCGAUGAAGCUGUUGAAACCUACAAGGAUCAGGUUAAAUCAUCCAUACAAUCACUGACAGAAAAUAAAUCAGCCAUCCAGGAAAUGGAAGCGCAACAGAAGCAGAAGAUUUCCCAAGUCCGGGAGCAGUCACAAAGCCUCAAGUCUCACGUCACAUCUCAGUUUGUUGAACUGCACCAGAUUCUCGUGAAGAAAGAGCAGCGCAUUCUCGGAGAGAUCAAGGAGGAUGAAGAGAAGAUUCUAAGUCAAAUGGAGAAAAACCUUCAAGACAUUCAAGAGAAUUUAAACUCUAUUGAGGAGGAACUCUCAAAUCUGCAGGGGCGAAUGGAACAAACAGACGUCGUGUUAUUUCUGAAGGUCAGGGGUUAUGUUUCAAUCUUGUUCAAUGAAACUGCAGUCACAACAUUGGCAGCGAUAUAUUUGCGAAAACUUUUAUCAAUUCCUAUAUUUUUCCAACAUCCCUCAUACAAACACGCUCUGCUAUCUCAUAAUUCAUACUAGAUGAAUUAGAACAUUCAGCCCAUUAAGUCUACUCUGCCAUUCAAUCAUGGCUAAUCUUGCUCACAUUUUCAACUCCAUUCCCCUGCCUUCUCCCCAGUGCCUGAGGGUCUGCAUCCCAGGGUACAUAAGGAAGUAGCUCUAGAAAUUGUGGGUGUGUUGGUGAUAAUUUUCCAAUGUUCUAUAGUUUCAGGAUCAGUUGCUGUGGAUAGGGGGGGAGCUCAUGUUAUCCCACUUUUUAAGAAAGGAGGGACAGAGAAAACAGGGAAUUAUAGACCAGUUAGCCUGACAUCAGGUGGGAAAGAUGCU